UAAAGACUGCUCCAUCUGCACCCCCUGCAGCUGCAGUAACGGCCUCUACACCUGAAGAUGUCUAACAAUGGAGUUGAAACWGAAGACAAACCGCCUGCUCCUCCGAUGAGGAACACCAGCACUAUGAUUGGGGCRGGGAGCAAAGAUCCGGGGACUUUAAACCAUGGCUCAAAACCUCUGCCUCCCAACCCAGAAGAGAAGAAAAAGAGAGACCGAUUUUACCGAUCUAUUUUGCCAGGAGAUAAAACGAAUAAAAAGAAGGAGAAAGAGCGGCCAGAGAUCUCCCUCCCAUCAGACUUCGAGCACACGAUCCACGUGGGCUUCGAUGCAGUCACAGGAGAAUUCACAGGCAUGCCAGAGCAAUGGGCCCGUUUGCUGCAGACAUCCAACAUCACCAAGUCAGAGCAGAAGAAGAACCCCCAGGCAGUGCUUGAUGUGUUGGAGUUCUACAACUCCAAGAAGAUCUCCAACAGCCAGAAGUACAUGAGUUUCACAGAUAAGUCAGCRGAGGAAUACAAUUCAUCAAAUACAUUGAAUGUAAAGGCUGUGUCUGAGACGCCUGCCGUGCCUUCGGUGUCUGAGGAUGAAGAUGAUGAAGAUGAUGCAGCUCCACCCCCUGUGAUAGCUCCACGUCCGGAACAUACAAAAUCUAUAUACACCCGCUCCGUGAUCGACCCCCUUCCUCCUCCUACCAAAGACGUGGCCACCUCUCCCAUUUCUUCUCCCACCGAAAACAACACAGCAGCCCCUGACAUGCUGAUUAGGAACACUGAAAAACAGAAGAAAAAGCCAAAAAUGUCAGAUGAAGAGAUCCUGGAAAAACUGAGGAGUAUUGUGAGCGUGGGCGAUCCCAAGAAGAAGUACACACGGUUUGAGAAGAUUGGACAAGGAGCUUCAGGUACUGUUUACACGGCCAUGGAUGUAGCUACAGGACAGGAGGUUGCAAUCAAACAGAUGAAUUUGCAGCAGCAGCCCAAAAAAGAACUGAUAAUCAACGAAAUCCUUGUAAUGAGGGAAAACAAAAACCCCAACAUUGUCAACUACUUGGACAGUUACCUGGUAGGAGAAGAGCUGUGGGUAGUCAUGGAGUACUUGGCAGGAGGCUCCCUAACGGAUGUUGUGACAGAGACGUGCAUGGAUGAAGGACAGAUCGCAGCAGUGUGUCGAGAGUGUCUCCAGGCUCUGGAAUUUCUGCAUUCAAACCAAGUUAUUCACAGAGACAUCAAGAGUGACAACAUCCUACUGGGAAUGGAUGGCUCUGUCAAACUAACUGACUUCGGCUUCUGUGCCCAGAUCACUCCUGAGCAGAGCAAGCGGAGCACCAUGGUGGGAACUCCAUACUGGAUGGCGCCUGAAGUGGUCACCCGGAAAGCCUACGGGCCCAAAGUGGACAUCUGGUCGCUGGGGAUCAUGGCCAUUGAGAUGAUUGAAGGAGAGCCCCCCUACCUCAAUGAGAACCCCCUGCGAGCCCUGUAUCUCAUUGCUACCAACGGGACUCCCGAACUGCAGAAUCCAGAAAAGCUUUCACCCAUAUUCCGAGAUUUCCUAAACCGCUGUCUGGAAAUGGAUGUAGAAAAGAGAGGUUCUGCAAAAGAGCUGCUACAGCACCAGUUCCUGAAAAUUGCAAAGCCUUUAUCUAGCCUCACUCCUCUGAUCAUUGCAGCUAAAGAAGCAGCAAAGAACAACCAUUAAAGCGGUGGAGUUCAGCAUAGUCGUCGUGUCAAGCCUUCUAGAUGCUCAUUUUAACGACCGAAUUACCUGCCCUUCUUCCCUCCCACUCCUCCUUCGCAGGGCUGCUCCUAAGACUUUGAUGUCCCCAGAGGGGUGGCAGAGGUAGCAUUAGCUGAAUGAAGGGCACUCAAGAGGGACACUGCUGAUCUUAGUAGCAAAAUGCCUUUCCCUCCCCUCCGUGGGAUGAAAGGGGAAGAUUGUUCUGUACGAUUGAAAAGAUCUUUCCRAGAUGUCUGAACCUGACCUACAAGUAGCAAAGCCACUUUUGUUUUCAUAUUUCUUAUUGUGUUUAUUUUUAAAAAAUAAAUGUGGAGCCUUAGACCAUGUUUAUCUUAAUAAAUUAAAUCUUGUGCUGGCUGGACGUUUUUCUGCUUGUGCCAAGCUGCUGUUACACCACUGGGCUGUGGAUGACCUGAGGAGGGAAGGAAGCAGCCAGCAGAAAUCCGAACAUCUGCAGCAAGUGUCAGGGGAACAAGGGCAGGAAUAGGAAGGUCCCUUGCAGCACUGCUGGAUGCCUGGAGAGCGCGUGGAGAAACCCUCUAUCUGCUUCCUGCGGCCGUCAGGGAACUUGAUUCAUGAAUCAUCUUGCUGCCAAAUUUUGUGAAUCAGACCCCCAGCACCCUGGUUACAACUCAACCAGUUACACAGAUCUCCUAAGCGUGUCUGAUGUUCUAGAAGGUAAAUUACAGAAGAAGAUGCCCGAGAGGCCUUGUAAGGUGAUACAACUAUCAGUGCUGUGAGGUUUGUUAGAGACCCCUGCUUGUAUGAUAAACACAGCCAUUAUUGGUAUAAAGAUAAGAUUUUCCUGCAAAAGGAUGUUGAAAACUCUUGUUUCUUAGAUCAAGCCCAACAGAAGGACUGACCACAGACACUGCUUUCUUGGAAGCAUGGGGACRCUCUUUUAAUUUUUUGGAAUGAGUAACCUGUUUUCUUUAUGCUACUGACUCUAAAUCCUUUGGUUGCUGUAGUCUCUAAAGUGGGAAAUAUAGAACUACAAGAGAGAUCUGUCACAAACACUGUAUACUGAUUUUUAAUAAAACGACUGCUGCAUUUCUUAACGUGGGGCUGUGGGAAGACUUGGGAAUUUGCUGUCACCAAAGAAGUGGCAGAUGGGGUUAUUGUUAAUGUCAUUGUCACUGGGAGCUUGAAUGUGAUGGAUGAAGUGAUAUAAGCUUCUCUCUCAGCCCUUUUGCAGCUCCGUGGAGUACAAAAGUGUGAAGGGAGUAAUUGCACACAUAGAGGAACUGGAUAAAAGGCUGGUACAACUCAGGGAGCUGCUUUCUCUGACUGUACUGCUCUCUCUCUAUAUAUCACUUUGCUCAGUCCUGGGGGGAAAGAGUUUAAACAAGUUUUGGAGUAAUCUCCCUGUCCAAAGCAGUUGUGUUGCACAGAAACUCGUUCCUGCUUCUUGCUGAGACCUGCUAGUGGAUCAGCCUCUUCUCUGCUUCAAGGCGUGGAUUCAAGUGUAUUUUUCCCUUCCCUCUGCAAUACACGGCAGUUCUCAGAGCAGCCUUGCAGAUGCAGCUAAAGACAUCUGUACAACCUCCUGCUUCUUGUGAUCCAUGCAAUGCAACUUGGAAAUGUUGCCUGUAGGGAAUGGAUUGUGCUUGGGAGCAGGUCAGUGCCAUUCAUGGUGUGUCAUCUUCUGCCACAGCUUAUGUGCCUCUCCCCUUGCCACGCUCCUUUUACCAGGCAGCAUCGUGUGAAUCCACAUCCCAUCUCCUUGCACAGCCGUGGCUCAUUCUGUAGCAUCCACAUGGGCUGGAAAACACCAGACUAACGUGCAGCUGGCUGGAAACCUUAGGUUCUGAUGUGACUUUUGGCAUUCCCCAUCCAAGGGGGGAGCCUUGAUGCAGAUUCACCUAACCAGUGAGCACCUGUUUGAGCUUAUUUGCUGCAGCAGAACUUCUCACUUUACAUAAGAACGGUGAUGUGGAUUAUUUGCACAGCUUUAAGUUGCUCUUCUGGGUUUCUACUCAACAGGCAUGUUGUGUUUUUAUGUUGUCAGCAAAUCUUGAAAGGUUUGUAGCUAUGUUACGCUUAAGAGACUAGGUUUUUUUUGUUGUUCUGAGAUAUUUUUGGUCUCUUUUCUAUGUGUUGGUCAGCUUUAGUGCCUGUGUGAGCCUUUGCAUAUCCUCUUACAGCACUUUCCCUCUCUUACAUAGUGACUGUCUCAUGCAAAAAUUAACCCAUGCGGCUUAUUUUUCUAAGAAUGUCUUGACUUGAAACUUGGAAGACCCUCCUCCAUCUAGAGAACUUUUUGGGCAGAUUCUUUGUGUUUUACCUACUGUAUKAAUUAAUCUGAUUCUACUGAGCCGAAACCAUUUUUAAUCACAGCCUUAAAUUAUUUAUUUCCC